AGCGCGCCGAGUAUAUGUGUUCUUUUCGUAACGAAUAUAUAUGACAAAACGAAUUGAACUGAAAAAAACUCAAUUGAAUGAUUCAAAAACAUAACAAACACAAGUGAACAUAAAAAAAAAAACAAAUAAACAGCAAAACGGUAAUACAACGGCAUUCGGGCACUAACAGAGACAUACAUGUUAACUGAUUAGUCGCACAACGAAAUUCGUAUCGAAUGGAAAGCUUCGUUGACAUGCACACACUCAUCAAACACAUUCUAGUCGAAAGAAGAUUGUGCGCGCAACCAACUCAAUUACACAGUCAUUCAAUGUUAAUUUGGCUAUCGUUAGAAUCGGCUAGAUUCUCGAUUGUGAGCGGUUACAAUUUUAAAGUCGAUUUCGAACAGGAAUAACGAAAACUCGUCCAAACGGAUGAGAACGCAAAAUGCAUCAGCAUGAGAAAUGAUGUUCAAGAUUUUUUUUCUCUCGAUUGAGUGAAUUAAAUGCGAAGACGUUAUUGUGAAGUGAAUAUGAUUGGUGGGUGCUUUUAAAUUGUGUCGUGCAUUGGGAUUAAAUUAAUUUGACCGACAUAGUUUGACCAACAUGUGAGUGCCAUUGAGUUUCUCAAUUCAAAAAUUGAUUAGUAUUUGCGACAUUUUAUUCUUGUUCGCAUUUUUAUCAUAUUCUGAUUGUAAGUGAUCGAUGAACUAUAACGACAAAAAAAUAAUAAUACCGAUUUUGAUCUGUGCAGGAAUGCAAAUUAGUGAAUCUAGAAACAAAUUAGCUGCUGAUUGGAAAAAUUCUAAUUAACAGUGAAUCGAAUGAAAUUGUGAAAAAAAAUGUACAUUUCAUUCUCUAAUCAAACCGAAAUAGUUAUUUUGAUCUAUAGUUUGAAUAUGCCGUCGACUAUCAGUAGCUAACAAUUCACAACGUUUACAUAAGAAUAGUGUGCGUGUGGUGACAUUGAAGAAAUAUCAUUCGGAAAAACUCUUAUCGAUAUCCUGAAUUUGUAAAAAAUCAACAACAAGUGAUUUCAGGAUGAAUAUCGCUGUAGUUGCCUUUGUUUCUCUAGUUUAUGCGACAUCAUUUAUUGAUGGCACGUACGGAUCUGGCAUGGCUAUGCCUACAGCCACUGACAAAAAUCUGUUAAAGAAAGAAUAUUGUGAACCCGGAGCUGCAUAUAAGUUGUUUGGCUACGAUUGCUCCGACAUGGGUUUGGUAGAUGUACCACAAAAUCUACGAAGCAGCGUUAAAAUUCUGGACUUGUCGAUCAAUCGAAUCAGAGAAUUAAAGAAAACAUCAUUCAAACGAUAUUCCGAUAUCAAAUUAUUAUAUUUAUUUGAUAAUAAGAUAAAGAAUAUCGAAGAAGGAACAUUUGCCCAUUUGACAAAUCUCGAGGCCAUUGACCUUUCAAGUAACACCUUAGUAACCAUUUCAAUAGAGCUAUUCGAGCUGCCACGUCUAAGGAAUUUGUACUACAGUGACAAUCCACUGUCGCAGGACCGCAUCGAGGCUGAUUUAAAGCAUUUAGAAAAACCGAUAGCCGCUCCGUUACAGAAACUAUUUAUGGCCGAAUGUAGUUUAACAUCGAUUUUAGAUUUUGGAAUAUUACCCGAUCUUGUCCAUUUGAAUAUUUCAUUUAAUGUUUUAAAUGAAAUAACGCCACAACAAUUUUCACCAUUUUGUAACUUGCGAACGGUUACAAUUCAAAAUUCAACCAAAUUAAAUCCGUGCACGUGUAAAUCAUUGCAAGCAUACUUUGAUCGAAGGCUUAUCUUUUUAAAUCACACAUUCGAUUGCCAAACACCCCAUGAAGAAGUAUAUUGUUCGGAAUCAGUGAAUGCAACAGUCGAUUCGGACGAAUACAAUAAAUGCUUGGUCAGAGUUGAAGAGAAGAUACGCGAAGAAAAAUCCAGAGAAAUGUGGCUUCGAAUCUCAAUUGGUUUGGGCGUAUUUUUUGCCAUUUUUAUUUUUGUACUAUACUAUUUCCAUCGACGCAAUGCACAGCGAACCAAACAGUUAGAAAAACAAUCAACAAAACUACGACACAUUCAUCAAACUCAAAACGGUAAUGUCGAAGUAUUACUUACCAAAUAAAUCAAUCGAUUCUGAUUUCUGUAAAUAGUUCCGUUCAUCUUUUGAUGUUUUUAGCCUCUAAUUAAAAACAGCACCAUAACACAAAUUUAAUAUUACCAUUUUUAUUGCGUAUCACAAACAAUGGGAGGAAAUGACACCAAGUUUUAAAAUUGGCGCGCUGUUUAGUUUCGAUUUGAGUUGUUAAAUUACAUUGAGGUCCCCUUUGAAAUUCGGGGCGCCACCGUUGGCUCAAAGAGACUUGAAGUCUUCACAUCCUUCCAUUGAUCACAAAUAUUUGUUUUAAUUAAUGUUUGUUUCAAAAUUAUGUUGUUAAGUGUGUUGUAUUCAAGCAAAUGAAACAAAAAUUUUGUUUGAUUUUUUUUUUCAAUUUUCCAAAACAUUUUUUGAAAAAAAAAAAAAAUCAAAAGAAAUUCUAAGUUAAGUUGUGUGCAAACCAAAUGUAAUGACAUUAUUUUAAGAUGCUUUCUAGCCAUAUAGCCAAAGAUUGCAUUUAUAAACUCAACCAGCUGGCAACGGCAUCAUCAUUUCCAUCAAUAGAAUAAGAAAUAGAAACCAAAAACCAAUGAAAAUGACAAAUGUUAACAUCUCUUAGAAAUUAUAAAGCGCAGAAAUUAAGACAUUUCAUUGUGAUAAAAGAAAAACUAGAACUUAUGCGACAAUAAUAGAUUUUAUAGUCAGCGCUGCAUUGAGAUUUUUAUAUUAACUUAGUUAUAAGAUACAUAAUAUGUAUGAGUCCAUAAUAAAACCGAAAAAGACAAACUUUU